AAAUAGUAUCCGGUUAGGAAGACGGCUAGUUUUUGAGCUGAGCCCGUACACUCGAAGAGUUUACUUACUUUAUACCCCAGAAGACAUAGGGAUUAUCCUGGCCGGCCACGCCGUUUAACAAUGGGGACGCUUAUUUUGAAUAUGUUUGGUAUUCCAGAUCUUGCUGUUGUCAUUAGCACGGCUCUUUAUUAGCAUAGCUAGCUAAUUAAGCUCUGGCAAGUGAUCGGCUGCUGACGAAAGACGAGAAAUUGCCAAGCGGAGGAAAAAAUUACAGUGUUUCUGUAAAAGCUAACUCACUGGCAAUGUUAACGUGUACUGUUAGGAGUCCCUAGUGUUAUUUCAUUUGUUGUUGUGUUUGGUGUUAGUAAGGCUGUACGGUUAUAAAUUUCUAAAAAAACUAGGUGUUACACAUUUAUCUUUUUUUUUUUUUUUUUUUGUCGUUGGCCUAAAUUCCCGAGCGGUUAGAUUGUUUCGUUGUUUACCGAACCGUGCUUGUCAUUGACAUGUUUGAUUUUAUUUAACUCAACGGAUCUGCUUGAAUGCAGUGUAUAAACGCCAGCCGCUUGCUUGUCAGUGUUUCUUGGGUUCAGGUGACAGCUUUGGAAAGGUAAACUGUGUGUACUACCUCUCCUAUCUCCUGUCUUGUAAUUUCUCUUUGACAUCUGGCUAGAGAAUGACAUAAACAACAUUCCUCCAACUUGUAGUUGUGGUGCGCAGAAAUAAAUCUUCGACCUGUUUGUAGCUUAAAUCCAAAUAAUUAGUGAAACUCAAACGUGCCUUGAUGGGUGUCAUGGUGUCCGUUAGGAUUAGGGCAGUGGUAAUGACUAAAUAUUUAAGGUAAACUGCGAUCAUCCCAACAUGCCGCCUGUUUUGUGCCUGUUGAUGCUCUUGGGAGCGUUAUGCCGUUUUGGAGAGGCUAUGUCCCGAGAGGAGAAGCAGAAGUUGAGGAACCAAGUGGUAGAGAUGUUUGACCAUGCAUAUCAGAAUUACAUGGACCAUGCAUACCCGGCAGACGAGCUGAUGCCUCUGACUUGCAGAGGGAGGGUACGUGGGCUUGAACCCAGUCGAGGAGACGUGGAUGAUGCACUUGGGAAGUUUUCUUUGACCCUCAUCGACACCUUGGAUACUUUAGUGCUUCUCAACAAAACGACGGAGUUCGAAGCUGCUGUGAGGAGCGUCCUCUCAGAUGUGCGGCUGGAUAAUGACAUUGUGGUGUCGGUCUUUGAAACCAACAUUCGAGUCCUUGGGGGUCUUCUUGGUGGUCAUUCUAUGGCUGUGAUGCUGAAGGAGGGAGGCCAGAACAUGCAGUGGUACCAGGACGAGCUCUUGCACAUGGCCAAGGACCUGGGACUUCGGCUACUGCCGGCCUUUAACACCAGCAGUGGCCUGCCUUAUCCCAGGAUAAACUUGAAACAUGGCGUCCGGGGUCCAGAGACGAGAACCGGUACAGAAACGGACACCUGCACAGCCUGCGCGGGCACCAUGAUCCUGGAGUUUGCCGCCUUAAGCCGCUUCACUGGGGACCCUGUGUUUGAGGACCAUGCUCGGAGAGCCCUGGACUUUCUGUGGGAGAAGAGACAGAGAAACAGCAACCUGGUGGGAACCACCAUCAACAUCCACUCAGGAGAGUGGGUCAGAAGAGACAGCGGUGUCGGAGCUGGAAUAGACUCGUACUAUGAAUAUCUGCUUAAGGCCUACAUCCUCCUGGGAGAUGACUUGUUUCUGCAGCGUUUUAAUAUUCACUAUGCGUCCAUUAUGAAGUAUAUCAGCCAGCCUCCUCUGCUGCUGGAUGUCCACAUCCACAAACCCCUGCUUCCUGCUCGCACCUGGAUGGACUCUCUGCUGGCCUUCUUCCCCGGACUGCAGGUGUUGAAGGGAGACAUCCGUCCUGCAAUUGAGACUCAUGAGAUGUUGUACCAAGUUACUAAAAAACACAACUUCCUCCCAGAGGCCUUCACUACUGAUUUCAGGGUACACUGGGCCCAGCAUCCCCUGAGGCCUGAGUUUGCAGAGAGCACCUACUUCCUUUAUAAGGCCACAGGAGACCCUUACUACCUGGAGGCAGGUCGCACCAUCCUGGACAACCUCAACCGAUUUGCUCGGGUGCCUUGUGGUUUUGCUGCUAUGAAGGAUGUUCGCACUGGGAGCCACGAAGACCGAAUGGACUCGUUUUUCCUCGCUGAGAUGUUUAAAUACCUCUUCCUGCUGUUUGCUGAAGCAGAAGACAUUCCCUUCGACGUGGAAGACUACGUCUUUACAACUGAGGCACACCUGCUCCCUCUGUCUCUCUCCACAGCCCCUAACUCCUCAUCCAUUCCCUCAAACAGAACGUCUGACGAGGAGCUGGACGACUCCAACUUCGACUGGACGUGUCCUAACACCCAGCUCCUGUUUCCCGACCCCGCCUUUCCUCGCAGCCUGAGAGAGCCGAUUCGAAGUGCCGUCGACAAGAGCUGUCCCCGUCCCGCCCCGUACAGGGAACCUGGUAUGGGCCGUCCUCCCCUGAGAGCUCAGGACUUCAUGGCGAACAACCCUGAACAUCUGGAGCUGCUUCGACGAAUGGGAGUCAGUCUCGUCCACCUGAAAGAUGGCAGGGUGCAGCUGGUCCAGCAUGCUACACAGGCUGUGAGCGCAGUAGCAGCAGAGGAUGGGGUGCGUUUCAUGCAGGAGAUGAUGGAGCUGUCGAGCCAGCAGCAGAAGGAGCAGCUGCCUCCCAGAGCCAUCCAGAUCGUCUCCCAUCCCUUCUUUGGCAGGGUGGUGCUGACUGCGGGUCCAGCGCAGUUUGGCACAGACCUGUCCAAAAGUUCCACUGGGGUACGAGGCUUUGUGACCGUGGCCGAACCUUACAGUGGCUGCACGGAGAUCACCAACGGCGAGUACGUCCAGGGCCACAUCGCCUUGCUGCAGCGCGGUCAGUGCAUGUUUGCAGAGAAGGCCCGGAACAUCCAGAAGGCCGGCGCCAUCGGAGGCAUAGUCAUCGACGACAACGAGGGCAGCAGCAGCGACACGGCUCCCUUGUUUCAGAUGGCCGGAGAUGGCCGCAGCACGGACGACGUCACGCUGCCUCUCCUCUUCCUGUUUCAUAAAGAGGGGAACAUCCUGUUAGAGGCGCUGAAGGAGUACAGGGAGGUGGAGGUGCUGCUGAGUGACAAAGCCAGAGACAGAGCAGCUAUAUUCAAAGGUAAACCUCUUCCUGGGAGCCUUAUUGAGGGCAGUAUGGACGUGCAAGAAGAGGAGAACUGUCAAACCGAGGCAACGACUCCCACUUCAUUUAAACCUGUUAGCCAGUCGCAAAUGAGCACGGAUGAGCUGGAUAAAUCUGUUCCUGAGGAGGUUACUCCUGCUAAGGAGGUCAGUCCUGCAGAAGAACUCAGAAUAGAAGAGGAAGAUAGAGCUGUACCUCCACUGGCGGAUACAGCUCUGCCUGAAGAGGAGAGAGACUCUGAGAAGACAGAAGAGCCUCGAGGGGAUAAAGACUUGAGCAGCCAGUCAGUGGAUCAGCUGCUAGCUGAUUGGCAGGAAGACUUGGAGGCUUUCAAGCAGAUGGAGAAGGAUGACCUCUGACAGAUGUUAGACACAUCCUUGCACUUUAACUGUGGUUUUACCCCAGCAUAGGGAGGGGACCCAGAGGGGGAGGCAUGCAUUUACACAGAGGGAGCUGCCAUGAGAGGUUUAUUUUACCCGCUGAAAGGUUUUACCUGCAAAGGCGGCCCCCUUACUGUAACUGUGGGAGUCAUUUGGUAGACGAUGAGUAAGAGCCCAGGGAUCUUACCUCACUUUGUGAAACAGUUUGUGUCUGUGUGUCUUUUUAUUGAAUGACUUGGACCAGAUUGCUUGAAACUGUAUGUAACUGUACUGUACUUUCCAGUCUGUUUUUCCUGUCUAUGCAUUUCUGACCAUUUUUGCUCAGUUGAACUUCCUUCUCACUUGUAAAUCCAUUGCCUAAUUGAUUCUAUUUGAAUGUGCCGAUUAUAUGUGAUUAACAAUUUAAUGUUCUGGUUUUGAACCUGAUCAUAGACUCUCAUUCAUCAGAAUAAAAAAAAAAAAGUAUUAAUAUUGGGGAAGAUUGGUAAGAUAAAUAUAUUUUUAUGGCUGUAUGUCUGACAAAAGAUCACCAAACUUAUAAUUUCAGGGGUAUAUAUAUAUGACAAGAUAUGUAAAUGUUUAUUUGCCCAGAUAGGUUGACCGAAAUAUUACAGUGCUUUUUGCCCAGGCACUGACCUUUGACACAAACAACAUACUUUGGACCACAUUGGAGCAACCACAGACCGCCACUGGAUGGCGCUGGAAGAACUGAUUUUAUAUGCAGGCCUCUGGAAAAAGCAAAGAUCAAUGAAUUAAAGGAUGAGAUUCAAUAAAGAUUCAAAACGAA